AUGACCUUUGAUACCUUGAGAGGACAAAAAGUAGAUCGCAAUGAGCUGUUUGGCGACAACACUAGCGACAACGGCGACGGUGUAUCAGACCUUGACGAUCAGGACUUUGCCGCCUUUGAAAAGAUGAUGGACGCCCGUGUCAAGGCUGAGGUGAUCGAGGCUGUUGCUGACGAAGCAGAGGUUGAUGGCAGCAGCGACAGGGAAGAGGAAUCAGCGGAUGUGCCCGUAUUCCAGCUCUUUGCCGGAGCUGGACCAGCCAAGGUCGAGAUUGAGGCCAAGGAGCCGGAGUAUGUCAUGCCCGAGCGGCCCGAGCCGGUUAUGGAAGAGUCGGAUUCAGAGGAGCACUGGCAGGCGCUGCAGUCGGCUGUCAUUGAUGCAGAGCAGAUAAAGAAGCUGGCAGCGACUCCACUCCCUGCCAUGCGUUACUUGCAUCGGGUCGUCCAUAUUCCGCUUGAAGAAAAGACAGAGCCAAAGAGGACAAGGAGGCGUCGGUCACACCACGCAAAGAAAGCCUCGAGGAAGACCUUUGAGCCAUACUACAAAGAGCUGUCGCCAUAUAACGGCGGUGUGGUGCGCGGAGCUCAUCUGAGUGAUGUUGUUAGUCAGGGCGCAGCCUCAGGCUCUGGGCCCUGGACAAAUAGUGGUCGUGGCGGUCGUGGUGGUGCACAGGGCGGGCGCGGUCGUGGUCGUGGUCGUGGCCGUGGCCACUAA